GUUCCCUCUUUCACUUCUGAAUCACGACGAACGCGCUUAUCCUACGCGUCGCAAAAUGGACAACUUUGUUGAUGACUUGACGCCGAUGGAUGAAGUGCCGCUUUCCUACGACGACACGACGACAUACGAGGACCAGGUUACGAACGCGAACUCGAGCCUCGCCAACCGGAUUUCGAAGUCUCGACUCUAUUUACUCGAGGAAUCUACGCUGCCUAGGGCGGCCAAGCGCAAGCGCGGGGGUGACGAAGAGGGGGAGGAGGAGGUCGCCGAGAUCGAGGUCGACGGUGAUGAUGAUGAAGAUUCGGUGUAUAGGAACAACGCUUUAUUACUGCAAGGCACUCCAAUCGGUUCACUGCCUACGUCCCGCCUUUUCGCGUACGCGACUCAUUUCGACGCAAAGCCUAUGGGUCUGGAGUGGGUGGACGACACGACAUGCGUGUUAGUGUUCGCCUCCAAGGCUGCUGCGCGAACCGCCCACCGCCAUCUGCAGAAGUCCGCAGCAGAGGAAGAUGACGACGACGGGUUCGUCACCGCGAAACCGGUUCCCGUUACCUUCUGGCCACCGGAGGAGGUCAUCAACAGGACUUUGGGCAAGGGCGAGGGUCUCAAGGGAGUCAUUCGUAUGCGAUGGGCACGGAAGGACGACGUGAAGAAGAAGGGGGCAAAGAAGACGAGCCAGUUCUACCGGAAGCAUGGAGAGAAGGCGGGGAAGGAGGUGUGGAACCCGAUAACGGGACGGGUGGAGGCACCUCCGGGAGACGACAAUUACUCCCAGAAGCGGCGGAGGAGAAGCUCGCCUUUGCCCGGCACCGCGGAACUUGACGAUGACAUGGACCGUUUCUUGGCGGAAGGAUCACCACCCCCGGAUGAGGAGAUCAUAGAGGAUGAAUCGCGACCGUCGGGGAAGAUGCAUGCAGACCGUCUCGCCAGCAAUGGAAAAACGUUGCUCGAACGCACGUCGAUGAUGCGGGCACAUUCGCCUUCCCUCACAUCGCGCUCCGUGGCGCCGUUACCUCGACGUGCCAGGCGCAGAGAUGCGGAUAUGGAUCCGGGUUCACUUGAGGGUCGGAGAGGGGGCGAAGGCAGGCGAUCCCGUGGAGGAAGGGAACGAGGACAACGCACAGCACCCAGGCCGAAGAAGAGCCAACAGGAACUGGACGAUGAAUUAGAAGCAUUCUUGAACGAACGUGAUUGAAAUCCGCCUCAUAGAAUUCUACAUGUCUGUACUGCAUCAAGAGAUAACCCCAGCUCAGUUAUUUGAACUGUUUU